AAUUUUUACACCUUCAGCUGCCAUAGUUUGCAUUAAAGUUGAUUCAGUCCUGGUUUUUAAUACUUAUUCCAUAAUAAAAACAAAGAAAAAUAAUUUUAAUUCUGUGCAGUUUGUUUUAAACAAUUUGUGAAGGCUUUAAAAUAUUGCCUCACUAUUUUGGUGCUGCGGGCGAUGAUGAACUCCUGCCUGCCAGUGCUUGUACCUACAGAUCCAAUGCACGGCUUCCUGAGAGACAAACAAGCCUGGGAGAAUGCAAUCUCCAUGUACCAGGGACCCGAUCCACUUGAUCACUGGUAUAAUUACAUUUGCUGGUAUGAAAAUCAUCUACGCGGUGAUCCCGAAAAUAAAUUCCGUGAAACACUUGAGCGCUGCCUAGCCCUAUUUGAGCACAGUGAUUUUUAUAAACAAGAUAUACGAAUGGUGCGCCUUUGGUUGAAAUACAUUGAAAUGCAAACACACCCAUUGCAUUUUUAUCAAGUUUUAUACCAGCGGGGUGUAGGUAGACAAGUUGCUGCAUUCUAUAUAGGUUGGGCUGGUUACUAUCAAUCUAUUCACGCUUUAAAGGAAGCUGAAUCUGUGUAUAGCCUGGCAUUUCAGGAAAAAGCUCAAUCGUAUGAAGAACUGCAUCAUGCACAUAACAAGUUCUUAUAUAUGCAAUCGGCUGCUCAAAUGGCGCAGCAUCAUCAACAACAGCAGCAGCUCGCUCAUCAACAAUCUCACACGAUUCAUUAUCAACAAGCUGGUCAGUGUCAAACGCAAGCAGUCUCCCAUACAAUUGCUCAGACACAGUUACAACAAGAGACUCAUCCACAUCACCAUCAACAGUCCCAACAACCAGUACAAUCUCAGCAACUGCAGGCACAAUUGCAUCAUGCUCCACAUCAAGCUCCAAAUUAUCACAGACAACAAUCUUCCGCUGCCGCGACUGCAUCGAAUUCAUAUUAUCAGCCACAUGCGCAUGCCAAUGAUGUUAGAGCACAAGGGGAUCAGCUGUAUGAACAGCAAACUUACCAAACCACAGCAGCAAGUUAUCAAAAUCCAACAGAGCAGCCUGCUACUGCUACUACACAUCAGUUUAACGGCAGCACUGCAACAGUGUACCAAAGUAAUAUAGAAUCCCAUUCUCAAGCGCAACCCGGAAGAGUCCAAACGCAACAUGCAAGUGAAGAAUACGGGAAGGCGGCACGAUCUACAACACAAAUAGAAGAGAAUCAUGUUAUAGUUGAACCUAAAAAGGAAGUGCAAUUUGCUCCAGCAUCAACGCCAGUAAGCGGUUGCAAGCUGCCGAGAAAAUUUGCGUCUUAUUGUCGCAACAAUUACGAGACGUGGAAGCCAGCACUAUUUCUAGAAGAGCCUGACGAUCCAAAUCGUCGUUGUCACUAUGCAAAACAAUCCGUGUACCCUGGAACAGGUUUAGAAUAUAGUCCUGAAGAACUAAGAGCUAAACGAUAUGUUGCACGUUUAGCGGAGGUGGCGCGCUUAAAACAGGAAGCUGACCAACUCCAAGAAGAAAUAACUGUUAAAGUUGAAGACACACAAGAGAUACAAGAAAUCGGUGUGGUACAACAGCAACAUAUACAUCAGUAUAAAGAAACAAGUAGUGUAACGGUUGAACAAAAUAUUAGUAGAACACCAGUGCAAAACCAUAGCCAUAAGUAUUGCCUAAGUACAAAUGAGCACGCCGAGGCAAAUGGUGUAGAGCAAAUGGGACAAAAUUAUCCACAAACUGUUACCUAUACACAAACGCACAGUCAGCAUCAACAACAUAACCAACAACUCUAUCGUCAUAGUCUUAAUCAUAAUUAUCAGCAUGAGAAGCAACAACAAAUGCUUCAGCAAGAAAAACAAACAAAAAGUGAAUAUGGAAAUAAUUUAGAGGAUUUAGAAGAUCAAAUUGAGGCUUCCACCAUUCGACUGGGCGAAAAUAAAACAAUAAAAAUUAAAUUUAAGAAGGAACGCCAGCAACACGGACAUACGCUGAAAGGAAAUAACUAUGUCAUCGAAGGCAUUUACCAACAAGAGGUUUCGUCUGCUUCUCCAUCGACGCCGGAAUAUGGAAAACCUAAAAAUGGUCACAAUUUUCAUCCUUACAGUAUGGAUAAUACGUCAACGCCGAAGUCCACUAAUAAACGUUAUAAAUCAAAAUUGAAAAGAAUCAACAAACUUCCCAUUAGUACGGGUAGUAGUAGCAAUUCGUCUACUGCUGAAAAUGGUGGCGCUACUAAUGGCAACAACAGUGCAGUUGGAAUUGAGCAUAUGCAACCUGUUGCUACUGGCGAUGAUGUUGUGAAUAAUGCUACCUUCAAUGAUAAUGCAAAUUAUUCAUUUUCAAGCGCAGUUGCUUUGGAUAACUCCCAUUGUUCCUUGACUUCCGCUGUUGGACGGCUCAAUUUUCGUGAUACCACAUCAGUGUAUAAUACCAGCACUGCGGCAGAUAUAUCUACUUAUCAAGAGAAUUCCUAUUUUGCCACACAACACGAUACAGAAGCUAAGGAGCGUCGACUGCGUAAGGCACAUGAAAUCAUAGAGCAUCACUUAGCCAAGGAAGCUAUCGAUCCAUUUAAUAGUGAGCUUUGUCGCGCAUUUCUCACUAAACUUGACUUCCCCGGCUCAGAUGAUACAUGUGCCAAUUAUAAAAUCGUACAAACACCACUGCCAAAAAUUGCGAAUACACGCACGCUAUCCUUGCCAGAUGGCGUGCAAUUUAAUAUGGACAAGGAAGUGGGACGUGGCUCUUACGGUUCGGUGUACAAGGCUACCGAUGCUAAUACUGGCAACGUGGUGGCAUUGAAAUUUCAGAAGCCACCAAACACCUGGGAGAUAUACAUUUGUGAUCAAGUUUUGAAACGUGUCAAAACGUCAAGUAUCUUACCUGGUCUAAUGGAUAUAUCCGUUGCAAUAAUUGCACCGAAUGCAAGCAUUAUAGCUACAGAAUUCUCACCAUUCGGUUCACUUUUAGAUAUCAACAAUAAGAUACGCCAAGCUACCACAAAAGUAAUGCAUGAAUCAUUAGUUAUGCACUUUUCCGCGCAAAUUUGUAACAUCAUCCAUCACCUGCAUACAAAUAAAAUAAUCCAUGCCGACAUAAAGCCGGAUAACUUCCUAUUGAUGCGUAUACCUAGCACCGAUUAUCAUUAUCCAUCGUUACGUCUAAUUGAUUUUGGCUGCGCCAUUGAUAUGACGCUAUUUCCCGAACCCGAAACGACCAAAUUUCGCAAGGUUAUACAAACAGAUGGCUUCACAUGCAUCGAAAUGCAAGAGGGUCGGCCGUGGUCAUACGAAACUGAUCUAUUUUGCAUCGCUGGCACUGUACACGUCAUGCUGCUGGGCGAAUAUAUGCAGUUGCAAAAGCGUACUGGCGUAUGGGAUAUAAAACAAAAGUUACCGCGUUAUUUGAAGAAACAUGUUUGGACUAAAUUCUUCAAUGACAUGCUGAAUAUUAACAGCACAGACUUGCCGGAUUUAAAUGAAAUGCGUCAUACUUUUGAUCAGGAAGCGGCACGCAUGGAUUCCGAAUUGCAGAGCCAAAUACGUACGCUAUCAAAUAUUUUACAUCGACGAUAACCAUGGAAAUAUUUGAAGAAUAUAUGGCAAACGCCGUCAAUCGUUACCACCCACUUAAUUUUUAUAUAAACAUUUCUUUAAUUAAUUAAUUAAUUAUAUUUUAAGUUUACUCAUGCCUGUGUGCCCGGAGGGGGCAAGUAUUUGAAAGCCUUUCAUUUUGGUUCCGUUUAGUAUCUACCAUAAAUAAAGUUCAUUUUACGCAUAAAUAGUAGAUUUCAAUUUGUACAACAUGAUGUUUUUGUUAGAAACAAUGUAUUCAUAAAUAACAGCUUAAGAAGGAGGAAUGUCUUCUAUUAAUGUGUGCGCAGCAAAGCCUUUUUGCCGUUAUUAAAUCAACGUAUUCGACGCGCGGUCACAGGCUGUUGUCCUUACAAUACAUAUGUAUGUAUGCAUGAAUUUUGUUCGCUUGCAUAGUAUAAAGUUCAAAAACUACAGAAUUUUUGCAUAAUGAGAGCAAAAUUUUAAUAAGUUAAAAUAAAGC